GUGAAACCACACCAGAUUCGUCCGAGCAGGGGAGUGAGCGUUUCGCCACAGGUAGUACUACUCUGCAGCCAUUUCUCCAUGUGUUAACAAAUGCCUCUCAACUUUUCCUGAGCCUGCUGCCGCCUGAAGGCGUCGACACGUCGGAGAUCCGCCCGCGAGAUCCGCCCGGAGCGCGCGCGCUCACUUCAGCACCUCGGACAGCGCACGGCGCCGCAGUGGCGACGCGUCGGAUUCAACCGGUGGCUCUGAACCGGAGCAGCAGCGGGGGUGGACCGGCACACUGCCCACCUGCUCUCUGGGACCCUUGGACCCUUUGUGUUCACUGUCGUUCUUUCCCUGACACACGACGAUUCCGUCCGGUGGGCAGGCAGGCGUGCGCCCGGACGCGUGGCUGACCCUGCCAGGCAAUCGAGCGGGGAGUGCAGGGGACCGUCGGGUGGUGCCUCCGAGACCCUCCGUUCACGAGGAUGCUGGGGGGAAAUGCCUGGAGACAGAGAUGACGAGAUUUGUCAAAAGGCACUUGAACUCCUGUCGGAUCUCUGUUCGAAGGGGGAAGUGCAGAACGAGAACUGCCUGGAUUUCAUCUACUAUUUCCGGGACCUCGCCAGGCCACGCUACACGGAUUCAGAUAUAUCCGUGAGUCUGCUGUCUCUGGUGGUGACUGCCUGUGGUUUGGCCUUGUUCGGAGUCUCUCUCUUUGUCUCCUGGAAACUCUGCUGGAUACCAUGGAGGGAGGGAGGAAUCUCACCCACCAUGAAGGAGCCCCACGGCCACCUCAAUCCAACCAUGAGCCCUCUGCACUCGCAGCCCGCACCCAGACAGCCAGUUUACACAGCCGUGGACCCGCCGCCACACAACCGCCGUGAAUCUUCACAGUGUUCCGUCGCCAGAGAGCCCACUCCUGUGGCGUCUGUUGUAUCGGUGGAGGCUCCGGUGACUCCCGUGUCUCCGCCACCUGUGGUGCUGGCCACACCUGAGGCAGCUAUGAAGAUCAGUUACACAUCUCCAGACAUCCCACUGGACGCCCAGAGUAAAAGUCGGGACAAUGGGGUUCACACCAACCCUCGUAUGCAGAGACAGACAACCGAGCCCCCGCCGUCUGGUCACUUGAUGUCUGAAACUGGACAAGGGUCAAUUCGUAGACAUAUGAACCUGUCCAACCCAGACUUCAAUGUGGCCCAGUUCCAAAGGCAGGACUCCCUCACUGGAAUGGGGCUGGGCCUCGGCCGUCUCAAACCUGAGCUCUACAAACAGCGCUCUCUUGAGGGAGACGAGGUAAAUCGCAGAGGAGGAGGCUGUGGGCGCCUCAGCUUCAUCCUCAAAUUUGACUGUGACCAGGAACAGCUAAUAGUUAAGAUCCACAAAGCAGAGGACCUCCCGGCUAAGGACUUCUCUGGUACCUCCGACCCUUACGUUAAGAUCUACCUGCUGCCUGAUCGUAUGACCAAGCACCAGACCAAGGUGCACCGCAAGACGCUGAACCCUGUGUUUGAUGAGGUCUUCCUGUUUCCUGUGGCAUACUCUGAGCUUCCCACACGUAAACUGCACUUCAGCGUCUAUGACUUUGACCGUUUUUCGCGCCAUGACAUUAUUGGCCAAGUGGUUGUGGACAACUUCCUUGAUCUGGCAGAUUUCCCCAGGGAGACAAAACUCUGCCGGGACAUCCAGUAUGUCUCCUCGGAUAACGUGGACCUCGGGGAUCUGAUGUUUUCACUCUGUUACUUGCCAACUGCAGGCAGAUUGACUAUUACCAUGAUAAAGGCUCGCAAUCUCAAGGCCAUGGAUAUCACCGGUGCAUCUGAUCCAUACGUGAAGGUUUCACUAAUGUGCGAUGGUCGCAGACUGAAGAAGAGGAAGACGUCGACGAAGAGGAAUACUUUGAAUCCUGUCUACAAUGAGGCUAUUGUCUUUGAUGUUCCACCAGAGAACAUAGAGCAGAUCAGCCUUUUGAUUGCAGUGAUGGACUACGACCGCGUGGGCCAUAAUGAGGUAAUUGGUGUGUGUCGAGUUGGCAACGAUGCAGACAGCCUUGGUCGAGACCACUGGGGUGAAAUGCUCACAUAUCCACGGAAACCCGUCGCCCACUGGCAUCCUCUCGUUGAGUACCAGGGGACCACAGAAGGGAGCCAGGGAGGGUCCUGCAACUCUCUGAAGACACCUCCCUCUCCAUAGCCUUGAAUAACAAUUCACAUAAGAGCAAGAAUCCACCUGAUGCCUGGGCUGUACCUUCGGACUGUGGUGCUGCUGAGUGCUGCACACAUAUGGUCCUAAAAGAAGAAUGCAGACAUCCAUAAACAUCUAUGGGAAAGAGAGACAGAAACUGCCUUGAGCUCAGUUCAGUUGGAUCAGUUGCAUGUUGAAUGACCGCAAAGAUGGAUGUUUUCUUUUCUAUAAUGUUCAAUAAGAAAAACAACAGUCAAACUUUUUUUUUUUUUUUUUUACAUGGUCUUGUUACUUGUUACUUGUUUCAAUGAGGUGAGUCUGUUUUUGGACAAUGUACUUACAACCAGUUGAACUGCCAUACUGUUUUUUCUUAAAUUUGGUGCGAAUUGGUGCAUGAGGUCAUGGUUUGAUGGGAGACUUUCUCCUCAGUUGUUUCUGUUUGGGAAAACAACGUGUUGUUCUGUCAGUUGAUGUGCAGUGACGGUCAAUUUUGAGGUACCUGUAAGUAAAAAUAUGUUAAAUGUUAUCAAUAAAUAUUAUUCUGUUCCAUUUUUCGCGUUCAACACAGUUUAAUUGUGAUAUAAUUAUUUCUAACUUUUUGGGGAAGUAAAUUAUUUGUGUUUUGUUUGACUCCAUUUCAGAAAAUAUAAGGUAGCUGCUUCACUGUAGUUCUACACAGUGGACCAGUGGAAAAUCAGUGAAACAAUAAAACAUGGAAAAUUUAGGAAAGAGUUACACUAUAAGAUAGUUAUCAUUUAUUUUGUAGCAUGUUCUAUUGCCAUUUAACAUUAGUGGGUAAUACGUUUUAGAAGAUAUGCAGUCAAGUGGAUUUCGGAGUCUGAAGUCUAAUCUAGUCUAAUGUGUCUAAGCAGAUCUUGAAUGCCUGUAGACACAGCUCUGAAAUUAACGUCAGCCAAUUUAGAAACAACUAUGAAGUAGUUGGAAAAAAAACACCAAACAAGAUUUGGAAAUACAUUAUCACAGCACACAUUUGCAGUGGUUCUUUUUGUUGAUCAAUUCAAAUGUCAAAUGUGUUGCUCAUAAAUUGGUGAGCGGUGAACCAUGAGUUUCAGAAUGAACCUUCGGAUAGAUGGAUGAGGACGCUGUGUGCUGUGGCUCCAAUAUGUGCAUAAACAGGACGUGACUGUUUGUGUGACAUAAUCUUUUUCUGCAACCAGUAGAUUGUCUGACUCUGUGGAUGAGUGGGAACCUACUCACCUGGAACUUAAUUAUGCUGUUUUAAUGUUCUCCCUCUUUCUUCUUCCAUUUGGAGCUGUUCAGUUCCCAUCAGGCUCCGUUCCCAUUCAAUUUGCUUAAAUGGCUUACAGCCGGCACUUGUCUCUACUGUACCUCUACUGAUGUUACAUUUAGGCUUCUGGCUGUUUCUUUUGCAUUGUGUGUGUCUAAGAGGUUAGCCCUGGCAGUGAGUGGAGGUUAAAAUAAAAUGUUCUAGCUGCAGUAAGAUGUCUUUCAUUUAUUACAUACACACAGUAUAUCUUUCAGGCUGUUAACAGUCAAGCAUAUGCAGUUUUAAUGGGGAAUGUAAAGCUGCAGUAAGCAUAAUCCUCAAAGCAAUUGUAUUUUCAAAACAGCCAGUAGGAAAAGACAUUGAAAUACUGUAAGCCAUUGGCCAUUUUCAUUUAGCCUUUUCAGCAAAACAUUACAGCCAUACAGCAUAAACAAAUAUGUCCUUUGCUUCUAAAUUUUGAUAAACAUUGAAAAUGAGAUGACACAGAAUUUGAGAAGAGUGCAAAAAGAACAUUAAUGUAUUUAUGAGAUAUAUGGAGAGAAACCAAGAACAGACACAUUAAGAGGUUUACAUGCAAAGAGUGAAAAGUCCUAUUGAGAUAUGUGGGUUCUUCCAAAGUUUCUGGACCUUCACAAGAAGAGGUUGAAUGUCCUUUUAGGAAAAUAAGUUUUAGGCAAUAUAAGCAGAAAUUUUGCAAUCCUGUCUGUAUUUUUAAUACAAGAUAUAUCCAGAUUACUGAUUUGUAUAUGAGUUAGUUUGGAUAGAAAACCAAACAAUACAGUGAGCGAGUACAUACAGACCAAACAAUGAGGAAUGACGGCGUGGAUGGACCUUGUCCACAUUUGUAGGAGAUGAAAUCUACAUAUUUUAUAUAUGAAAUAUGAUUGUAUGAAAUAAGUAGUCCACAUUAUGAGUGUAUGGUUUCAUGUCUUGGGACAUAUAUUUCUCUUUUUAUAAGUCAAGUUGAAAGGGGCAAAAAGGACCACAUCUGUCUUGCUUUCUUUAAUUGCAGAACAUUGAGUCAUAUCUUUGCACUUCAUAACAUGUGAAAUAAAAUCUUUAGGCAAAAUAAAAAGAGCAGAUGUUAAUAAAAACUUAAAUCUGAAAA